CAUCUUAUUAGCAAACAAUAUGGGAAACGUAGUUGGUUGUAGAAGAAGAGGAGCAGCAGAGAGAAGACUUGUUAGACAGCCUGCUGAAGAAUCAGAGUAUAUUAAGAAGAUCUUUGAUUUUGAUUGGAAUAGAGGAUUGGAUAAAGCCCUAGAGCAUGAAGGUCCUAUUACAGUCCAAGAAAUCAUUGCUCUUAGACUUACAAAUGAUAAUGGAGAGCAAGCGACUCCCCAUGUAGCUCAUGUUGCCUUCACUGAAUUCAAGAAGUUCAUGUUCUUAAACAAGAUUUAUCUGAAUGAAAAACAAAGAAGGAGAGAAGCGAACCCAGAGGAAGAGAAAACUACUGCCCAAAAGCUAAGCAUUGGCUUGUUUGCUCCUCCAAUCAUUGAUGCUGUUUGGAGUAUUCUUAUAUCUCUUGAUAUCCCAAGCGGUAACGGAGAUGGAGAAAGGAUUUACAAUGCAUUCUGUCAAGAAAUUUUUGGGGAUAUUUUGGAUAAACCAUUAACAGAAGAAAUGGACAAAGAGGCCAAAAUGACUCCAAAUCAUAGUUAUGACGACACUUGGUAUUUCAUCAAUACUUUUAAGCACGAACUCAACUUGUAUUGACCAUUGUGGCCAGACAUGUCAAAUGAGACCUACUUUGUCGAACUCAAUUCAGUACUAUGGCUUACGCCUAAGCAACUUGAGGAGACUGAAGGUCUUUUGAGCCACAAAGCUGAACAAGAUAUAGAUACAGUUGAUUGUGAAGCUUUAGUGAACUCAGCGACUGAAUAUUUAGCAAUUGUUCAACAAAACAAUAAUGCUGUUGUAGAGAAGCCUAGCAAGUUCUCAAAGGAUAAGUAUAAGCCAUCUUGUAAGAAGCAUAAGGCUACUACAGUGUCAAAGAUCUACAAAAUCUUUACUUCAGAGUCUGCUGGAAACACAACUUUCAGAAGAAAGCUCCAACAAAAGUACGGACUUAAUGAAGAGACUGCAAAAUCUUGGCUGAUUGAGUUCAUCAAAUUCUUAACAUUGAAAAUCAUUGAGACUGAUCCAGAUGUCAGCAGCAAUUCUUUCCCAAGUAGCCUUGUUGAGCAGGUAUGGACGACAUACCAGGAGCUUGGUUUCUACUAUAGAGUGACUUCUCAAGCAAUAUUUGGAGAAACCCAUCUUUUCCCAGAGAGUGCUUUGACUAGUAUGCACAAGAGAGAAGAAACCUCUCAAAGAUAUGCUGAUACUCUCGACUUCUACGAAAAGGUGUUCGAGCAUAAGCCACCUGCUGAAUUUUGGGAAACUGCUGAGGAGAGAUUCCUAGCAGAGGGAGAUUACCUAGACAAUGAUAACAACAGAAGAAUAGCAGUAAACUUCUAUAGACUUUUGGUGGCAAAGGCUGUAGAUAAAACUCUUGAUACCUCCAACAAUCUAGAACUUGUAGUCUUUGAUGGAAUUGAAGGUAAAGAUUACUUAAAGAGUGAUGAUGAGAAGACUCUUUCAAGAGAAUCAGCUAAAGGAGAUGGUAAACUUCUCGACUGGAGAGUAAACUACCCUCACUUCAGCAAUGUUUACUUCAGACAUAAACUCACUGGGAAGAAAUAUUUCCCAAAUGUGUUUGAAAAUGAUUAUGAAGACGCAAUUGCUUUAGCAAAAGGAGGGUAUCUUUUCUUCCUUGACCCUCACAACGAUUUGACUUUACAACUCGCUCAGUUGCCUAAGCUCCCAGAAGUCAAGACCAAGAGUUUAGACGAUAUUGCUGAUUACGCAGAGACCAGCUACAGCUUCGAAGAGUAAACCAAGGGUGCCAUG